AUGAAUACAAAGCUGAAAGAUGCAUGGAAGAAGAGUAAAGCCCUGUUUCUGAAGAUGACAUGCUCUCAGAAACCAAGGGACAAAGCACAAGGAAUCACAAAGAAUGCAUUGUGGCAUUCAAUAUGGAAAAUGAUGGAGAAAGGUACUUACACCCCAGCAUCCUGGGACUUGGCUCAUCUGUUUGUCAAGCAUGGUUGCUAUCAAGGAUCUGUUGGGCUGCUCCUUCAAGCUGUUGCAAAAUUUGCUGGGGCUGAUCUCAAAGAGUGUAUGAGUUGGACAUCUGUUAUCAAAAGGUUAGCCAUCAAUACAAUCACAUUCACUACAUCUCAUUUCCUUCAUAUUCUCAAAGGCAUGAAUGGUGAUCAUGCAAAUGACCAGAAGAAGACUGUGCAACUCAUACAAGCAUGGAAGCAUGAUGUAUCAUGGAUAGACCUUGGCUGGGAGCAUCUUUUAUCUCAGAACCUCAAUGAUGUACUAUGCAUUUUGAUGGAUGUAAAGACUGAAUACAUUGCAGCUGCAGGGAGUGCUCAGAUGUGGGAUACACUGAAUGACAUUGAAAGAGAUGCACAAGCAUACAAUGAGUGUGCAAGAUACUGGGCAAAGAACAAAAUUGAACCUCUGGUGCUGCUUGCUAACAAGGACAAUGAUGCCACCAUUGCUCUUGCUUCACUUUCAGAGGAAUCUUCUGAGGCUGUUGCAUGUGCAGUCUGA